AUGUCUACCCGACGUGUCACUCGUGCAAAAAAUGCAACUCAGCAUCCGGGUAUCCCAGACAUAAUGCCAAAGAAGAAACACCGUACUGCAGAAGAAGUAGCUGCUGAGCUUCAGUCUAAAUUAGAUGCUAAAGAAGAGAAAGAACGCACCAAGAGAGCUGGCAUCAAACGUGUUGCUAAAUAUGAGAAGAAGCAGGCGGACCAGGAUGUGGUGACCGAUGCUACACCGCGAGCUGCGCAGCCAAAGCCAAAGCCAAAGCCAAAGCCAAUCCCAAGCAAGAGGAAGGCUGUUGUGGCACCUCCUGCUGUCAAAGAGGACACGCCUCCUUCAGAUGCCGAGAUGAGUGAUGCACGAGCUGCACCUUCGGUACCAAAGCCAAGGCCAAUUCCUCGUAAGCAGAAGGCAAUUGUACAUACUCCCGCUGUGGAGGACAAUGGGUUUCUGUCGGAUGCUGAGAUGCAUGAUGCGGCUGUUGAUAGUAGCGCCUUCAACCCCGAUCCAACCCAACCUUCAGACACGACGGCCUCGGACUUAGAUGCAGAUGGGUCUGACAGUGCAAUGCCAUCGUCACCGUCCAGGAAAAAGACGAAAGUUAGCGGGAAGAAGGCAGGGAAGGUGACGAAGACUUCUGUACGAGAUGCUAUCAAAGCAGUCCAGCAGACUCAUAUGUCAGGGAAAAGUAAGGCCGCAGAUAGGAAGAAAACUGCACCUUGCAGCACAAUCAGCCUCCAUACCGAUGACUCGGACGAGUCAGACAUCCUUGUUGUCAAAGCAACAUCGAAGAAAGCUCCCAGCAAACAGCCAGCAGCCGUUCAGCCGGAUGACAAUGCUAUGGUCGUUGAUCAGCCUUCAACAAUGGCAUCUAAGAAGGCCAUCAGCAAAAAUCAGCACAUUCAGUUCCGGCUGCUCGCUUGA